AUGCAGAUGUUUCAUGUUCUUCGUUCAGCAUACUUCAAUUACUCAAUAUUUGGAUAUCCGGUAACUGAAACACAGUCGAUGGUUUUCGCAGUGUUUAUGGUUUUUGCUAUAUUGUUAUGUUAUGACAAAUGGAAUCGUCGGCCCUAUGAAACAUUAGCUAACAAAUUGAGAGGUCCGCCGGAUUACCCGAUUAUAGGGUCAUGUUUGGAAGGCUUGAGUGGUAAGAGAAACAAAUUAUUUUAUGUUUGUAUUGUAUUUAGCCUAAUAACUGUACAUGAAGUAUCUUAUAAUUGCUAGAUCACUACGAAAAAGCAUUGAAUUAUGGACAAUCAUACAAUUACGGUUUAUUUAAAUUAUGGGCUGGUAAUAAAUUAGUCGUUGUCAUUUCUAAGCCAGAAGAUCUUCAAGUAAUUAUUUGUUAUGAAUAAAUAAUUUUAAAAUUUUCGAUAUAAAUGUCAACAUUUAUCUUGAACAUUGAAUGUAUUAAAAACAAUUACCACGGAUAAUUAACGUCCGUUUAAUGUUCUUUCGACCAUAUUACAAAUGUACAAUACUACUUUGGAUUUAAAAAAUAUACAAAACAAUUAAACAUUUAAAAUGUAUAGUCAUAUAUGAUAAAACAUUAAAUUGAAUACGUACUAAGUUAACAUCAGAAUAGUAAUAUCUCAAACCUAACAUAUCAAAUGUCUAUAAAGGCUUAAUAAUCACAGUAUUCUAUAAAAAUUAAAAGUCUUUGAUCAGUUAGUAUCCAAUUUAGUAAAAUAUAAAUAGGUAAUGUGGACAUUUUUCCUGUUUCGAUAUAAGUAUGUCACUUUUCUGUUAACCUACCCCUCCAAUCCAUAAACAAAUUGGGACAGAAAUAUAAACCACCGAGUAUGUAAAAUGAGAAUGAUUUUCCUUUCUACGUGUCACUAAAACACAAUCAUACUAUUACUGGCUAAUGAUUAGAUAUAAUGAUAGUAUGUAAACCAAAAUUAUAGUGUAAUAAAAUUAUUCUAAAAAUAAAUAAAUAAAUAAUAAAUCUUCUAAAAAUACAUUAUAAAACCCGGGCUUUAAUAUAAAAUAUACAUACUAAAUUCAAUUUCUAAAUCAAUUUUUUUCAGAUUAUUUUUAAUAGUUCGAAGGCCUUAGACAAAGGAUUUUUGUAUAAUAUGGCUACUAAAUUUUUGGGUGAGGGCUUGAUAACAGCUCCAGGUAUGUUCAUAUUGUUUAUUAGUUUAGCACAUUUAAUCUUAACGUUCAACUUUGGUUUACCAAUUUAUUAAUGUAGCUAUGAAUUCAAAUAAGUGUUCUUUAACCGAACCUAACCUGGUUAAACAGGUCUUCUAAUAUUUGUUUUUUUAGAUUUUUUUCAAGUUAAAAUUUAGGAUAGAUACUAUACUAAUUAGUUCCACCAUUCAAAUCUUCGCAUUGCUCAAAUGUCUUAUUAAAAUUAUUACAGUAGAUAAAUGGAAAAUACAUCGACGUUUGAUAAAUCCAUUGUUUAAUUUAAUUUUACGAAAAUAUAAAAGAAAUGUUUUUCCCGAUUUUUCAAGAGAAAUCAAAACUACUAAUUNAUUAGUUCCACCAUUUAAAUCUUCGCAUGGCUCAAAUGUCUUAUUAAAAUUAUUACAGUAGGUAAAUGGAAAACACAUCGACGUUUGAUAAAUCCUUUGUUUAAGUACGAAAAUAUAAAAGAAAUGUUUUUCCCGGUUUUUCAAGAGAAAUCAAAACUACUUAUUCAGAAUCUACAAAAGGAAAUGGGUAAAACACAACCGUUUGAUAUCUUGGACUAUGCAUCAGAUAUUAUUCUUAAUACAGUUUGAAGUAAGUAUUAAAAUCUCUACUACUAUGGAUAUGUGUGAAUGUGGAAUACAUUGUACCAUACUAUUAUACUUGCAGUGAUUACUAUUAGUAAUAUUAUUGAUAUUUAAUUGACUUUUUAGAAACAACAAUGAAUUACAAUCUCGACUCUCAGUCAGAUAUGGGUUUCAAAGUGAGUGUCACAAAGUAAAACAUGUACACAUAAACAAACUAAAUUACAAUUUAUAUGUUAGGUCAUCUAGUUAUGGACUUAAAUAUUAUUUAUUUGCAGAGGCUUUGAAUUGAUAGUUCAUAGAGCAACUAAAAUUUGUUUGUAUCCAGAAAUUAUAUAUAAUCUUUAUAUCAAAUUGUUUGACUAUGAAAAAUAUUAUACAAAUGUAAAAAACUUACCAAAGCAUGUAUGUGUAUGUGAGAUAUAAAAAUAAAUGAAAUGCUUUUUAAUUAUAAUUUUAACUUUUCAGAUAAUCGAGAAAAAGAAAAACGAAUAAGUACAAAAAUUUAAAAAUAAAAUCAAGACGGACACAGAUGUAAACGAUGGCGAAAGUAAGUUAUUGUUUUAAUAAAAUACUACGGGAUAGUUAUUUAUUAACCAAACUGUAGGUGGUUAUCGUGUUAAUUGUGUUAAGUCAAAAACAUUGAUAAAUUUAAAUUCUGUAAUUGUACAAGUUAUUAUAACUAAAAGUGGUUUUUUUUUUUUAAUUAUUUAGAGAAAUGUUUUCAANGUAAACGAUUGCGAAAGUGAGUGAUUGUUUUAACGAUAUACUACCGGAUAGUUUUUUAUUAACCAAACUGUAGGUGGUUAUCGUGUUAAUUGAGUUAAGUCAAACAAAUUGAUAAAUUUAAAUUCUGUAAUUGUACAAGUUAUUAUAACUAAAAGUGGUUUUUUUUUUUUAAUUAUUUAGAGAAAUGUUUUCAAGGAUUAGUAGAAACUUUAAUGGACUCAAACGAAGCCGGAUUGGGCUUGAGCGAUGAGGAUAUUAAGAGUCAUGUGAUAACUAUAGUAGCGGGUGUAAGAUCAAAAUACUCCAAAUACUUUGAUACCACAAGCAAUAAAUAAUUAUUAUAUUUAUAGGGUUUCGAAACUACUUCAUUGACUGUUAGUUACUGUCUUUUGUUAUUAGCUAUCUAUCCGGAUAUUCAAGUAAGUUAUUAAAUAGUUUUUGCUGUUUAAGUAUUUGAUAUUAAAANGCGGCUGUAGGUUCAAAAUACUCUUAAUACUAUGCAACCACAAACAAUAAAUAAUUUGUAUAUUUAUAGGGUUUUGAAAGUACUUCAUUGACUGUUAGUUACUGUCUUUUGUUAUUAGCUAUCUAUCCGGAUAUUCAAGUAAGUCAUUACUUAGUUUAUGCUGUUUAAAUAUUUAAUAAUAAAAUACGUUUCAAAAAUAUUGUUUUAAGAACAGAGUUUAG